ACAAACUUUAUAUGAUGGCCGGUUCACCUUCGUACCCAGAGCUUCCGCGGAACAGCAACGACGACGAGUUGGAGCUGAACAAGGACUUGGAAAGAAUAAUUGAAAACGUUGAAAAUAUAUCAGUGCAGCUGACUUGGAUGGCUUAUGACAUGGUGGCACUGCGCACCAGCCCCGAGCUGGGGGCCUCUAUGCGGAAACUGGAAGAAGCUUAUCGCCGAUGCAGAGCUGUUGUCUGUGGAGACCAAGACCAGGAGCCAAGGAGGAGCAAAUGUCACGAUCCUGCUGCCACAACACUCACUCAGAUGUGAUGUUAUUGUCAGUUCAUAAGAGGAAACGUGUGUUAAAGCAGUAUGAAAUUAAACUGUAUUUGUGUUGGACUAGUUAUCAUAUAGGGGAGGAAUUUCUUCUGCUCUCUCUGCAUUAAAACAAUGGAAAACACAGAACAAGCUACCCCAACUGCCUACAUUGAUGUGGAAAACAUACUGAGAGGGCUGGACUCCUUGUCUAACUGCAUGGAUCAACUGGCAUUGCGAACCCAGCUGAGACAAUGUGAUCUGAUCGUUUAUGUUGGCCACCCUGACAAGUUGGCGUCUCUGAAAGUCCAAGAGGCACCGAAGCAGCAGCCUCCUGCACGACCUGAGGCGUGAAGAACAGAGGAAGAGGAGAGUCAGAUAUGACCAUGAGAGGCAGCACCUGACCUUGUUCACCUCUCUGAGGGCCAUGUCAGCUUCAUAUCUGGUCAACCUUCCUCCGUACCAGCUGGGAUCCAAACCCUGGAUGCAUCAUAAUAAAACAGUCAUAGUAAGGACUAAAUAAACUCUCAUUUACCUUUUGCAUCGA